AUGGAAAGUACAUUAUCUGCUUUCAUAGAUGCAAUAUAUAAUUCAAAACGACGAGAAUUUCUUGGUAGAGAUGGAGCUCGAUGGGAUAAAUUAAAAUGUGGAUUUUUCUGUACAAUGUUAACUAUUUUUAUGGCAUUAUCACCACGAGAUCGUCCACGUUAUCAUCCAGAAUCAUCAUGUUUAGGUUUUCGACCACAAUUAGAUAUAGAAAAAAAUCUUAUAUUAAUUGACAAAACUGCAUCUAGAAAUGAAUUAGAUCCUUAUGUUAAAAGUCUUAAUCAAUAUUUUCGAGUUUACUACUGGAAACACGAUAAUAUUGAUUUUAAUCAAACAAAAAAAUUUACAAUUUCUAAUCCUGGUGAUUGUACAGCUCAAAAUCAAUAUGGAUAUGCAAAUGGAAAACCAUGUAUAUUUGUUAAAAUGAAUAAAAUAGUUGGUUUUGUACCAAAACCAGAAAAUGGUCAUGAUAAUAACUGUGGUUCACUUGAAAUCAAAUGGUUUCCUUAUGAAGGUAAAAAAGAACGUCAAGAUGUAUAUCAAGCACCAUAUGUAUGGGUUCAAUUUAAUGAAGUUAAAUCAAAUGUAUUAAUCAAUGUUAUGUGUCGAAUAUUUGCUGCAAAUAUUAAUUUUGAUCGAAAAUCAUCUCGAGCUCUAACACGUUUUCAAAUAUACAUAAAAGAUAUAGCAAAAAGUAAAUUAUCAAGUAAAACAGGUGAAAUAUGA